GUGCAGGCGAGGUGCCUCGGGCCAGCGAUCCGGCAGCGGAAGGACAUCUGCGGCGCCGCGGAGACGGGGAGCGGCAAGACCCUGGCCUUUGGGCUCCCCGUGUGGCACCACACGCUGGCCGCCCUGGACGCGCUGCCCUCGGCCGGGUCGUGCUCCGCAGGCACCGCGGCGCCCGGCGCGCCCGCGGCGCCCGCGGGCACGGCGGCGCUCGGCCUGAGGGCGCUGGCGGUGCUGCCCACGCGCGAGCUGGCGGUGCAGGUGCAGGGCCACCUGAACGCCGUGGUGCAGGGCACGGGGCUCCACGCCGAGUGCGUG